GGGAUGUAGACUGCUGCUGCAGGGCAUACUGACUACAGCUGAUAAACAUAACAAUAUCAAUAUUAUGACCAUGGUUAUGACACUCGACAGCUAAUCUCUGACUGUAUAAUGGCUGAAUCUCCGGACAGUCGCAGUCUUGUUUCUGCGUCCUCACAGCUCAAUUUAAUGGAAAUAGAGGCGAUUGAUGAUAAAGAGUUUGACAUCCCUCAAGUGGACACGCCUCCGACCCUCGAGAGCAUCCUGAAUGAGCCUGAAGAGGAGGAUGAGCCAUUCAUUCUGGAGGACACGUGUCUUUUGAACACAGAGAACAUUGAUGCCCACUCGUGUGAAACCUCGUCUCUGGCCAGCUCUGACAGUGGAGACCGCACACACUUAAAGAGGAGGAGGAAAGCAGUGGAAACUAAUGCUACAGUACAUGGAUCUGUUCUUAGACGCAAUCUGCUGAAAGGCAUCUCGGCUCAGAUAGUAUCAGCUGCGGAUAAAGUUGAUGCUGGCUUGCCAACGGCAAUAACUGUUUCAAAUGUGAUCGCUGUAGGGACGUCACAUGGUCUGGCCUUAGUAUUUGGAAAAGACCAGAACCAGGCUCUGCGUCUCUGUCUGGGCACCACAGCGACAGGAGCGGAGUAUGGGGCGGUGUCAGCUCUCAGUAUUAAUCACGAUUGCACACGACUGCUUUGUGGCUUUGCCAAAGGACAGAUCACCAUGUGGGAUCUGGCCAAUGGGAAGCUGCUCCGCACUAUCACUGACGCCCAUCCACCUGGCACUGCCAUACUACAUGUGAAGUUCACUGACCAUCCGGCGCUAGCUGUGUGUAAUGACAGUGGCGGAUCUGUGUUUGAGCUGUCAUUCAGGAGGGUAAUGGGGAUGAGGACAUGUGAAUCCAGGUGUUUAUUCAGUGGUUCUAAAGGUGAGGUUUGCUGUGUUGAGCCUCUACAUGCUGGACCUGAACUGAAAGAUCAUCCCAUUACCCACUACUCCCUGCUGGCCAUGGCCUCACUCACCAAGAUUCUGCUGAUAGGACUGAAGCCUUCACUCAAAGUAUGGAUGACUUUUCCCUACGGCAAGACGGAUCCUGCGAGUGUUCCCUUGUUGGCUUGGCAGUUUGUUGCAGUCCAGAAAACAAUCAACCCCGUUCUGGCCUUCUGUAGAGGAGACACCAUCCACUUCCUGCUGGUUAAAAAGGAUGAGUCUGGCACCAUCCAUGUCAUCAAACAGAGACAGCUUCAACUCAACUGUGACCUUAUCAGUCUGAGUUGGAUAAACCCCCGUACGCUUGUGUUAAUGGACAGCACAGAGAAGCUGCGAGUGGUGGACAGGCCCAGUCAGGAGGAACUGGAAACGGUGGACAUGGCCGAGCUGCAGCUGGUUUAUAACAGCAGCCAUUUUAAAUCCCUCGCUACCGGAGGAAAUGUCAGCCAAGCACUGGCUCUAGUUGGAGAGAAGACAUGUUACCAGUCUGUUUGCAGCUAUGCAGGCCAGAUCAUGUAUCUGGGAACAAAGUCUGUGCACAUCAUGACCCUGAGGAACUGGCGUGAGCGUGUGGACCAUCUUUUGAAACAGGAGAAGUUCAUGGAGGCUCUGUCUCUUGCCUGGUCCUUCCACGAGGGCACCGGCAAAGCUGUGCUAGGUCUAUUUGCAGACCCUGCUAAGAGAAAAGGUGUGGUUGCAGACAAGAUGGUGGAAAUUUUGUUACAGUAUGUGGAUCGCUCUCUGAAAAAAUGUCCAGAGCAAGGGAAAAUCCAGGUGAUGGAGCAACACUUCCAGGACAUGGUUCCCGUCACGGUGGAUUAUUGUCUCCUUCUGCAGAGAACGGACCUACUGUUUAACCAGAUCUACCCUCGGCUGGUGGAGAACUCAGUGGCCAGGGGUGUGUUUCUGGAGAGUCUGGAGCCUUACAUUCUGAGUGAGAGGAUUGGUUGUCUGACUGCACCCGUCAUGAGAGACCUCCUCAGCUACUUCCAGGAGAACGGCAUGAUGGAUAGUGUGGAGGGAUGCCUGGUCCAUAUGGACAUCACCAAUCUGGACAUACAGCAGGUGGUGCAGAUGUGCUGGGAUAACCAGCUUUAUGAUGCCAUGAUCUACGUCUUCAACAGUGGCAUGAACGACUACAUCAGCCCCAUGGAGGAUCUGGUCAGCAUUAACUCAGCUAAGACAGCAGAGCUAGUUGCAGUGCACUUUGCAGACCAGGUGCAGCCUAUCAUCACAUCUCUGCAGGACGACUGUUUGGCGUUCCAGUUUCUGAAGUGCCUCCUGAACCCCAGCUCCAGAGAGAGUCUGAGUCCUCAGACUGUCUUGAAGUUGGGUCCAGAUCUUCAUGAGCUCCUAGUGGACCUACUGUGCCAGUUCAGUCCUCAGCAGGUCAUCGCCUUCCUUAAGACCUCUCAGGACUACCGACUGGAGGAGGCCAUUCAGAUCACAGCGAAACACAAGCUGCAUGAGGCCACAGCCUACCUGCUGGAGAAGAAGGGAGAUGUGCAGGGAGCUUUUGAAGUGCUGCUACAGACCCUGAAGGGCAAACUCCACAAACUUGCCCUGGAAGGCUCAGAGACAGACAAGCCCGAUGGUGAGGGGGAGGAGACAGGUGAUGAAGUGCCGAGUCUGUUACAAAGAGUGGAGGAAGCUCUGCAUGACAUCAUUGCUUUGUGUCAGAGGAGCUCGCACGGUCUCAACCAGCAGCAGAGAGAGGCUCUGUGGUUUCCUCUCCUCGAGGCGAUGAUGUCACCACAGAAACUACUCAAAGGAGCCAACACCAAACACACUUCAGAGGCAUUAAAAGAGCUCACUAUGAAAGUCUUAAACAGCAUGUCCAGUUUUAUCGCCCCACCUGCCAUCAUUCAACGCAUCCUACAGGACCCUGUGUAUGGGAAAGGAAAGCUGGCUGAGAUUCAGGGACUCAUUUUAGGGAUGCUAGAAACCUUCAACUAUGAACAGACAUUGUUGGAGACCACCACAAAUCUGUUGAACUCAGAUCUUCACUGGUCUCUGUCACACCUGCGUAAGGCGGUCAGUAGAGGGCUUCACCCCAGACAGGACCACUGCAACAUCUGCUUACAGCAGUACAAGAGACGCCAGGAGAGCGAGGAGGAGAUCAUUAUCUUUAGCUGUGGACACCUGUACCACUGCCAGUGUCUUCAGCGUAAAGAGGUGGGUGUUUUGAGCGAGAGGCAGUACUCAUGGAGCUGCUACAAAUGCACAUCCAACCAGGGCACACGGCCAGCGGACAGACCCAGCGCAGAGAGCUCUCGAUCAUGCUCUACUUCUCUGGCACAGACCAAAGUGAUGUCUACUCCUCAUGGGAUUGUGGCAGAGGCUCAUGGGAGAAAGAUGUUGACUGAAGCCACUCUGGAUGCCCAGCAGACUCAGGCCUGGGAUCAUUUCCGCACUCUCUACAGAGGACCAUCUAGGCUUGCUGUUCUGACAGAACUCACUCAUUCGCAUGGCAGUGAGAGGGCCGGUCUGUCGAACCCUGUCCAUCCAGGAACAGGAAGUAUUUAUCACAGCGAGAAUGUCCAGCUAAAGCUUUCUCCUCCGCCACUGGUGGAGGAGUAGAUGACUCUGCCCACUGUUACAAAUCAUAAUAAAGCACUACCAUGUCUGUACAGAACUCAUGUUUGAGAUGUUGUGUUUCAAUGCUUUG